GUACAGCACCUAGUACAGUACUUCGAAUUAUUAAUACACUCCACCAUUUUUUCAGAGGAAACGUCCAUAAUUCACAAGGCGGGUCGAAAGUGUACACCACGCGGUCUCCAGUCAGCAUCAAUUCAAUUUGAUCGAUUCGGUAGAUAAACAUGCGAAACACGAUACGCGAUGCCUUGAGCAGAAGCAGAUGCAGUAGCAGCAAUACCUAUGGCAUCAGCAAUGUUCGAACACGAGGGAGUGCGUGUAUGGAGGAGACACCUCUGCCGACUGUUCGGCGGUUUCAGCAACCCUUUCUAUUCUGCCUCCUAUUAUUUUCGAUAUGUUCGGCAACGGAUUCCUUUCAACAAUCCGAUUGGAGAAAUAAUAGAAGGCAGCAGCACAGAAUAUCUCUUGCAUCAUCCCUACAAGCUACAAGCAUCGCGAACGGGCCACCUCUUAUUGGAGUAUACGGUGGAGAUAUCUUCGAUCCUUGCUCCGAUUCUAACUGGUACAGUCGACAACGCCAACGAACACGAAAGAAACGAAAACAAAGACGAGCCAAGACGGCUUGCAACGACGCCGAAUACCAAAAGCGAAAGCAGGAAUGGGCAGAUCGCUACACUACCCUCGAAGGACUGCGGGAAACCUUUGGGUCGAACCGCAACAAGCUCUACGGAGAUUUGGACGUGGCCACCACUCGUCGCUUGUACAAAUCCCUCUUGCCCACGGCAGUCUGCGAGCUGGUGUUAGAUCUAGAGGUGAAACCCGAAGAACUGGCCCAACUUGCCUAUGAUGCCCGCAAGGCUGCAAAGUUGUAUGCGAGGGAGCGGUGCCACCUUCCAGCCAGAGUAUUUGCCAACUGCUACGACGGUGUUCGAUCGUUUCGGCGGUAUGGGCGCUUUCAGGUCGAGGGCAUGUCGUACGAUCAGAUCUUCAACAAAUACUACGAGCGCUCGGCAAGGGAGCGGUCGAUGCGCAAGAUUUCUUCUCAAAAGAAAGGGGAACAAGGGAUCGAUAUUGGAGACGUAGGAGGAACCGAUGUCUCCCAUGGUUGGGACGAAGAAGACAUUGUAACGCAGACAUGCAUGAAGAUUUUGGAAUCCGCUUGCCGGACGAACCCGUUCAUUGAUCAAUUGGCUCUAUCUUCCUCCAACGAGAGCAACAAUGGUCGCAACAAGAAACGAAUGGAUCGGAAAGAACUGGAACAAAUUGCACAAAAACUAGAACAGGACGUUCGAAAGCUUCUAGACCCCUACAAUCAGUUAUGAUUUGGUAAUCAAAAAUUAUGACUGUCUACCGCACGAUGCCAAUCGUUUCAGAUACAACCUACAAGCCGAGAUUGAUUUCAUUUCAUUUCACUCGAUUCGAUUCGGUUCGGUUCGAGGACAAGAAGUGAAAAAAUCGGGGCCUUUUGUAUAUCAACUCAUGCAUCACAUCAUUUAUAACAUCAUUUGCUAGCUACAAGAAUCACUAAAAUCAACAACACCUGCUCGCUAACAGAGCCUUCGAGGCCGAUCAGAAUUGACCGACAGACAUCCUAAUGUACAGAAAAUUAUAGAUUAAACGAAAUAUCCAAAU